UUCUAUGAAAUUUUGAUUUAGAUUUUAGCAGUAACAUAAAAGAAUUUCAGUGAUCAAAUUGUUUCAUAAUCAAAACAAAGAAAACAACAACAAAAAAUGUCAGCGGCUGCUUCUUCGUCUUCUUCUGUGUAUGAAUCGAGAGAAGCAGUGAAAGAAAAACAACCAAAGCAAGAAGUAAUUAAAGAUUGCACAUACAAGACUAAGGCUAUCCAGUUCUUAGGUCGUACUACGCCUAUUAUUCUCCAAAACGACAAUGGACCUUGCCCUCUCCUCGCCAUCUGUAAUGUUCUCCUUUUAAGCAACAACUUGAACCUGAGUCCCGAUAUAGCCGAAGUUUCGCAGGAGAAACUACUUUCACUGGUGGCCGAGCGCCUCAUUGAUUCCAACAGUAAUGUCGACAAUAAAGAUGCCGGAUACGUCGAAAAUCAACUGCGGAAUAUUGCUGAUGCGAUCGAUUUACUCCCUCGUCUUGCUACAGGGAUUGAUGUAAAUAUCAAAUUCAGGAGAACAGACGAUUUUGAGUUCACUUCAGAGUGUGCCAUAUUCGAUCUGCUCGAUAUUCCUCUCUAUCAUGGUUGGAUAGUUGAUCCCCAGGACUAUGAAACUGCUUCUGCCGUUGGUUCAAAAUCCUACAAUGCAAUUAUGGAAGAGCUUGUUGCACUGGAAGCACGAAAUAUGGAGGUUUUACGUAAAAGUAACUCUGGAGAUUGUGUGGAUUUUGCUGCUGCAACAACUGCCACUCUGGGAGUUCCCUCUCCUUGCCUCUUGAAAACCAAAUCUUUUGACGAGUCUCCUCGUUCAUUGUCUGGUCAGAAAAUAUUAAGAAAAGGGGAUCUCGAUGAGGAAGCGGAGCUACUGAGAGUCUUGAAAUUAUCAGAGGCUGAAUCGCAAAACUCGGUUAGUGAUCCUGGCAGUUCCCAUGAAAGAUCAUGUUCAAAGAAUCUUGUUUCUGCAGAUACACUAGAGGGGGAAAAAGGCGUUGAAAAUCCAAACUUGCAGCGGACCGAACCUUCCUUAUCAGAUAAUUGCACUUCCUUGAGCAAUGAUAGCGGUAGUAAGAUAUGUUCCAAGACCCUCAAAAGGGAAGAGUCCCAGAAGACUGAUGGGAUUAAUCAGCAUCAGUCAUCUUAUGUUAAAUCCGGAGAAAUUAACCUUUCAAAUGAUGUGGCUGAGAAUAAGGGGAAUGGUGCAGAAGAACUGAUCCAGGUUGAAGGUGCACUUCCUGUUUAUCUGGCAAAAGAUAUUGCUUCUAACAAUGGAAAUGACACUGAAAUAUUGCAAGGGGUUCAAAAAAUCGAGAUUCAAUCCGAUUCUACAACCGAUCCUCAUGACAUUCCUGAUAAUGUGAAUGGGUGCCUGAUCAUAAAAGUAUCAUCCGUGGCUUUACAAAAUGCCGGUUCAGAUUCUUCUAGUGGCAGAAUACAUCAUGCAAAUGUGCCUCAAAGUGAACCUAUAUACGAAGGCGAAGAAUGCAUAGCAGAUUCUGCAACAACAGCAACAACAUACGAAAACCCGGAGCCAAUGUAUGAAGGUGAGGCAAUUCUUGCAAAACAAGUUGACCAAAGAGCUGUAGAUGACUGCAAUGUAAGGUCUAAAGAUGAAAUCACUCCACAACAAGGGGAACUGAUCGGAAACUUCUUGAAGAACAAUGCCAGUCAAUUGACCUUUUAUGGGCUUUUUUGCUUACAAGACGGACUUAAAGAACGCGAACUUUGUGUUUUUUUCCGUAAUAAUCAUUUCAGCACCAUGUUUAAGUAUAAUGGUGAACUCUAUCUUUUAGCUACUGACCAAGGCUAUCUAAAUCAGCCCAAUUUGGUUUGGGAAAAACUAAAUGAGGUCAACGGAGACACGCUGUUUAUGACCGGCAGCUUCAAGGAGUUCAAGGUGAAUGAUAAUCAUGUCACAGGUACUUGGGAUGAGCAAAAUGCUAUGGCCAGUACUGCUGACUACAUUGCCAGCAUUGAUAGUGCAGUGCAAGCUGGAUUGGACGUAAACUCGGAUUUACAGCUUGCAAUAGCUCUGCAACAACAGGAAUUUGAAGAAGACCCACCACCGCGUCAGCCACCACCCGUUGUUGGUGGUUCAAGAUUAGUAACAACUCAACAGGGGCAGAGAAGCAGUGGAAGGAGCUCCUCGUCGUCAUCUUCGUCUUCAUCCCCGAAGGAAGAUACGAAAUCAAAAGAUAUGUGUAUUGUGAUGUAAGUUUUUGCUUUAAAUCCAUUUGGAGAAAGACUUUGUUUACUGUAAAUGGUUUGUUUCUUUGAUCCAAUUGUAUUUCAACACUAAUAAAAACCAUAAUUCACC